UGCGCUCCUGAGCAUGGCGCAAGCAUCCUCCGAGCAGAGACUCUGGUGACCGUGGUCCCCCCCCGCCUGGGUCUUGCCCCAUGGCAAGGGUGCAGAGGCAGCCCCCUUCCCAGGCAAGUUUGGGGUCUGCUCUGGGAAGAGGACGCUUGUGGGCUGAGUGCGGACCCCUGACAGGCCGGAUGGGGGUCCCGCCAGCCCCCUGGUGACGGCGCGUACACCUUCUGGCCCGUUCCCCAAACCCCAGCAUCCAGAUGCGGAUGUAGGUGGCAAGGUUUAUUGCACCCGCCGGCCUCGCCCUUCCCACCGCCUGGGCCUUCAGCCAUCCUUCCUGGCCUGCGGGGUGCGCUGGAUGGUUACCAUGGAGAACGAGCAGCUGCAGGCCCCCCCUCCCUCCAGCAGCGCCAGUGCCGCCACCACCACCAGCAACGGGCGCCAGGCGGGACCCCAGAUCUCGGUGUACAGCGGCAUCCCCGAUCGGCAGACCGUCCAGGUGAUCCAGCAGGCCCUGCACCGGCACCCCAGCACGGCGGCCCAGUACCUGCAGCAGAUGUACGCGGCCCAACAGCAGCACCUGAUGCUCCAGACGGCCGCCCUCCAGCAGCAGCAGCAGCACCUCAGCAGCAGCCAGCUCCAGAGUCUGGCCGCUGUUCAACAGGCAAGCCUAGCAGCAAACAGGCAAAGUGCCUCUUCCAACAGCAAUGGCCCCGCACAGACCCCACCUCAGCAGCCCACGAUCAACUUGGCCACCUCUCCGGCGGCCACCCAGCUCCUCAACCGAGCCCAGAGCGUGAAUACGGCCGCCGCCGCCUCCGGCAUCGCCCAGCAAGCUGUUCUCUUGGGGAACACAAGCAACCCGGCCCUGACCGCCAGCCAGGCUCAGAUGUACCUGCGUGCCCAGAUGCUCAUCUUCACGCCCACGGCCACCGUCACGGCAGUGCAGCCCGAGGGCGCCACCGCCACCACCCAGCCAUCCACCACGGCUGCUCAGGUCAACCCGGCUCUCCGCACCCCACAGACGGUGGCGCAGGGGAUGGCCCCCUCCCCGGGCCAGCAGCUGCCCACCUUAGCCAUGAAGCCCGCCCCAGGCAACAGCAGCCAUGCCGCCUCCCCGGCCGCUCAGGGCAAGGCUCCCGGGCCAGCUCCCGGGGCCAAGGGGGGCCAGCCGGACCACGCAGCGGAGCCCCUUCGGAAAGGAGAUGGGGGCGCUGGAGCCGGCGGGAGCAACGGGCCCCCCGGCAGCUUGGACAGCCGGGGCAAUGCUGCGACCCGCACGGUCACGCCCGUCACGACGCACCCGCUGAUCACCCCAGCCUACCCUCCGCUCCAGACUCACCCGCUGGCCCAGCAGCAGAAGCCCCUCCAGCACCAGUUCGUGAUCCAGCAGCAGCAGCAGCAGCAGCAGCAGCAGCCGCUCCAGCCCCGGCCUCAGCCGCCCCCGCUCCAGGCCCUCCCCUCGCCGGCCCCCAACCUCGGCACGCAGCCCAGCUUGCAAGCGCAGCCGGCCCACGGACCGAGCCAGGCGCCAACCGCUCCGCUGCCGCCGGGCCCAGCCUCCAGCCUCCACAAGCCCGGCUUGGCCAGCCAGAUGCCCCCGCACUCCGCACAUCCCUCGGGACCCUCGGCGCCGGGCCAGCAGAGGCCCGAAGGGGGCGGCCCGCCCAGCCGGCCCGCGGGGUGCCUGAAUCACACGGCGCCGCGCAAGUUUCAGCACACCUCGGCUGUCAUCCUGCAGCUCCAGCCCCCGGCUGGGACGCCUUCACUCAACCUCCAGGAGAAUUCUAGGAAAGAUGCAUUUCCUGUUGAAAAGCCCUCCGCAGAACCUCAUGCAUCUCAGCCGGUCCCACCACCCCAGGCCGCCUCGCCGCCAGCAGCCCCUCCAAAUCCCGAGGCCUCUGAGUGCACCAGGACCCCACCCCACGAGGCCGGCCGGGACCGCGUUCGCACCCCGCCAGAGACCAGCAGCCCCGGCAUGACAUCUGGCAACGGGAACCCUGCCUCUACCGUCGCCGGCGCUGCCCCGCAGAACGGUGAGAACAAGCCGCCCCAAGCCAUUGUCAAGCCGCAGAUCCUGACCCACGUCAUCGAGGGCUUUGUGAUCCAGGAAGGGGCCGAGCCGUUCCCGAUACCACCUCGCCCUUCUCUGUCCUCCCACCAGGUGGGACGCUCUUCACUGCUUGUGGGGGGCCUUAAAAAGAAGUAUGCCCAGGGCCUCCUGGCCGGGAAACCCCCACAGCAGGACAACACCACCACCACCGACUCAGAAAUGGAGGACCCUUAUUUGCAAGAAUCCAAAGACGAGGGGUCCCCGCCGAAGCUGAAGUGCGAACUCUGCGGACGCCUGGACUUCGCGUACAAGUUCAAGCGGUCCAAACGCUUCUGUUCUAUGGCCUGUGCUAAGAGGUACAAUGUGGGCUGUACCAAGCGGGUAGGGCUCUUCCACCCCGACCGUACCAAGCCUCCGAAGCCCAGCACGCCUCCGCACGGCCGGCGUCGGACCUGCAAGGGCGCCCUCCCGCCUCACAGCAAAGAGAACAAGAAACAGGCACCAGUGUCGCUGCCCCCCGGAUCGGGGCCCAUCUCCGUCGCUGGCUCCCUGCAGCUCGGCCACGCUCAGGAGGAUUCCAGCCGCUGCUCGGACAACUCCAGCUACGAAGAGCCCCUCUCCCCGAUCUCGGCCAGCUCCUCCGCCUCCCGCCGGCGCCCGGUGGACCGGGACAUGGAGCUGGCCGACAUGCGCGUCCGGGACCUGGUGGGCAUCGGGCACCACUUCCUGCCCAGCGAGCCCACCAAGUGGAACGUGGAAGACGUCUACGAGUUCAUCCGGUCCUUGCCGGGCUGCCAGGAGAUUGCGGAGGAAUUCCGUGCCCAGGAGAUUGACGGGCAGGCCCUGCUGCUUCUCAAGGAGGACCACCUCAUGAGCGCCAUGAACAUCAAGCUGGGCCCAGCCCUCAAAAUCUACGCUCGCAUCUGCAUGCUGAAGGACUCCUAGAGACCCACGGGGGGGCCCCAGUGCUCUCCUGGCAUGGAUGUCUUUUUGCGGGGGGGGGGGGACGGGACGGCUUGCCCCCUUCUCGAAGCCUACCCCGAGCACAAAAGCCCCUGCCGCUGGGAGGGGAGAGAGACAGACAGACAGACAGACAGGGUUGGGUUGGAUGUCCAGCGGACCCAGGAGAGCGGGGGCUGUACAUAAUUCGUAGCAUUAGCUUCCUUUUCUACCCCAUCAGUGGAGCAGGCUGGGGGGGGGGUGCAGGCUGCGGGGGGUGGGAAUCUCCACCCCUCACACACUGGAAGCCGGGGCACCUGUCCCCCGAAGACUCCUGACCUCCCCAGGACUGGACAAACCUACUUGAAACCUCAAAGCCAAACGGGACCGUUGCCUUAAAUAUUUCUGUGUGUAGGCGUGCGUGGUUGUGGUGCCACAUAGUGCUCUCCUCCCCCCCCACCUCUUCUGCCCCCCGCCCUUCUGGGGUUGUAGCCACCCAUUGUAGCCUCUCGGCUUGCAGCGACGGGAAAGGGAGGCACCCUUUCCCCGCCCGGCCUGUGUCUUCUGUCCUCUGGGCCCAGGGCGAGGGAAAGGGCGGGUCGGGUCUCGCGGAUGUAUUGCCCCCACCCACUUCCUCUUUGGCGAAGGGGGUGCAGCCAGCAACGGGCCACUUGGGCGGGCGGGGGGGGGGGCAGCCCAGGUCCCCCUCCGAGGCCCCUCCUUGGUCAGCCUGGAUUCGGAGCCAGCGGCCGGAUCGGAGCUUCCGAAUCGGAGCUUCAGCUGCCUUAAGCCUCUUCCCUUCAGCACCUGGCACAAACGUCAGCCCCCUCCCUGUGCCCCCAAGGUGGGAGGAGCCGGUUCCCUCCCCAGAAGAGGGGCGGGCCUCUGCUUUUGGCGAGAGUGGGGUGGGCUUGCCGGGGGGGGGGCUGAUUGGGGCGGAAGUGUGGGCGAAUGAGACUGGCAGUGGAGCUGCUCCCCCUGGAUGAUUUGUGUGUGAAACGCCCCCUCUCCCCACCCUUUUAGUGCUGGCCACUCACGGUAGCCCUUGGGCUGCACACAACGGAUUUCCUACUCUUCCCUCACCUCCACACAGUUUUUAAUAAACUCCUUUUUAAAGAGACA